AUGGCGACGGUAAACCUCGAGAUGAUCGAUACGCCCCAAGCCAUCGUUAAACUAGUAGACCGUGUUAUCUCCCUCCACGAAGCCCGCAAUGACACGCUUGACUCGCCCAUCAUCCACAUGUCUCUUGAAGGCGUGAACCUUGGUCGCUCAGGCACUGUCUCCAUCAUAACUCUCUUGCUCCACGAAAGCCCUUCAGCGCAGCACACUUACCUCAUCGAUGUGCAUAGCCUGGGCGCACAGACUUUCAGCACUGCAGGCGCAAACGGAAAGACGCUGAAGCAUAUACUGCAGGAUGAAAGAAUCCCUAAGGUCUUCUUCGACGUGCGCAUUGACUCCGUCGCGCUGUUCGCGCUUUACAGUAUCGCACUAGAAGGAGUUCAGGACGUACAGCUUAUGGAUAGUGCGGCGAUAGAGACGACAGAAUCGAGGGAGUAUCUUAGUUGGCUGACCGCGUGCGUCAAGUACAACCCCAUAAUCUCAUACUACCAAUACACGACUUGGUCGAGGGGCAGAGAGGCGGGCGAGCAGUUGUUCAGAUCUGAACUCGGCGGAUCGCCCGACGUCUUCAACAAGCGGCCCCUUCCCGACGACAUCAUCAAGUACUGUGUCGGUAAUGUUGCAUGCCUUCCGGCGUUGCGCAACAAGCUUUGGGGUGGGCGGAGGCAGGACUGGCGUGAUAUGGUGCAAGAUGAAACGGAGAGACGAGUCGCGUAUACCCAUGGUGCCGACUAUCAGCCUGGUGGGACAGAUUGGGUGUUGGCGCCGUGGACCGACGAUCAGAAUAUGGCACUUGACAUGUUCAACCUACCAAGUGAUUUUGAAGAUGAUUUCUUCGACUGUCUGGAGAAUGAUGAGGUUGAGGAUGACGUAGAGCGAGGACGACGUAGAGAGAGGACGACGUAG